AUGCUGCCUCUUGGAAGUAGUCAAACAAUCAAUGGUUCAAUUAAAUUCCCAAUCAAAUUGAUUAAUUGGACCCCGCAUUAUGCAAUAAACGAGAGCAUAUCAACACCCAUAUUACUACAAGAUCAAAACGGUCCUUGUCCCUUGAUUGCGUUGGUCAACACAUUGCUAUUGCAAAAUGAUUUUAACGACUUGUUAGCUUCUCAGAUACGCCAAGGUAAGAGGAAAAUAUCCGAGCCCGCUGGAGCUUUUGUCGUGAAUAAUUUGAAACAUGAGCUACGGAAGAAAUAUGAGAGUACGGGUAACAUCCUGUUAGUAGAUGUUUUAAGCUUACUUGGAGACUUGCUUUUGACUUUAGUUGAGAAUGGCAGUACUGAUCUAGACUCGGGAGUUGUGGAUGAAUUAUUGGCACAGUUGCCAAAAUUGCAUACUGGGUUGAAUGUUGAUCCUAAUCUCCUCACUGGUGGCUUUGCUCCUAGCUUGGCUACUGAACUUUUUGAUGCGUUUGGAUUAGAUUUCAGACACGGAUGGGUGGUUGAGACAAGUGAUAAUGUGGGUACAAGUGGACAAAUGGUUCAAAAAGUGGAGCAGAAUUCAUGUAGUGACAAUGAUAAUUCCGAAAAUUCCGAAAAUCCUGAAGAUUCUGGGUUACUAAACAUUGUUAGACAACUUGAAACUUAUGAUCGUGUUCAAGAUUAUCUAUUAAGCGACCAAGAGAACGUUGGUUACCUCGAAAAUAAGCAGCUUCUUACAACAUGGCUUAAUGAAAACCAAACGCAAUUGACUCGACAAGGCUUGUUCAAUCUUAACUCAGUUAUGGAAGAAGGCAAGUUUGUUAUUUUCUUUAGAAAUAAUCAUUUCAACACAUUAUUUCGAAAGGGCGACGAAGAAUUUUAUUUACUAGUCACAGAUCUGUCUCUCUGGGCAGGACGACUGUGUUUUACUGGUGAUUUUUCACCAAUUUUGGAUAUCGAGCAAGACUUGCCAAGAGGUGAUAAUGUUGAUGAUAGAGGUGAAUACUAUAUAUCUGGGACAAGAUGA